AUGGGGAAAUCCCUUUCCCACCUGCCCAUGCACACGUGCAAGGAGGAGGGCUACGAUGGAGGCUCGGCAUCCGACAGCAUGAGGAACGGGCUGGUGCACUCGGAGUCGCACAACGAGGACGGCCGAUGUGGGGAUGUCUCGCAGUUCCCCUACGUGGAGUUUACAGGGAGAGACAGCGUCACCUGCCCGACUUGCCAGGGAACAGGAAGAAUUCCACGAGGGCAGGAAAAUCAGCUGGUAGCGUUAAUUCCAUACAGUGACCAGAGACUGAGGCCAAGAAGAACAAAGCUCUACGUGACUGCUUCUGUCAUUGUGUGUUUACUGCUUUCUGGGCUGGCUGUAUUCUUCUUGUUCCCUCGCUCAGUCGAUGUUGAAUACAUUGGUGUGAAGUCAGUGUAUGUCAAUUACGAACAGGGCAGACGUAUAAUAUACCUAAACAUCACGAGCACGCUGAAUAUAACCAACAACAACUAUUACUCCGUUGAAGUGGCGAACAUCACAGCCCAAGUUCAGUUUUCAAAAACAGUGAUUGGCAAAGCACGACUGAACAACAUCACCAACAUUAGUCCUCUGGAUAUGAAACAGAUUGACUAUAUGGUUCCCACAGUCAUCCAGGACGAAAUGAGCUACAUGUU